AUGGGGCGCUGUUGGCUGCUGCAUUCGUUUACCUCCCUUGCGGGGGCCCCAUACGUAGGGCACCGGCACCUCCGCUACUCUGCUGCUGCUGCAUAUCCCAGCUACGGUUUAGCAGCAGCAGCAACCGCAGCAGCAGCAACAGCAGGAGCAGCAGCAGCAGCCGAAAUGAGAGCUGCAGCAGCAGCAGAAAUAAGAGCUGCAACGGGAGUGUAUGGAGGGUUCGGCCUUAGCAACUGUCCUUUGUUUAGCGGCACCAGCUGCUGCUGCGUCUCUUCGUAUUGCCGAAGUAGCAGCAGCAGCAGCAGCAGCAAGUACAACAGCAACAGCAGCCAUGGGAGCAGCAACAACUGGAGUAGCAGCAGCAGAAAUAAUGCAGCGCUCCUCAACGGCCACACCGGGAUAGCUUCUGUUUGCGCCCCCCGUAGAAGCAAUAGCAGCAGCAGCAGCAGCAGCAGCACCCACAACGGCAGUAGCAACAGCCACAGCAGCAGCAGCAACAGCAGCAGCAGCAGCAGCAGCUAUCCAUUUCUGGAGAUAAGGACUAGAGCCUCGCUGAGUGGGUUCUUGAUGAGAUGCACUGACACCCGCACAUUUCCCCCCGGCUGUGCGGGGCAGCUGCUGCACGAUCUGCAGCAGCACCUGCUGGCAGCAAGCGGCGCUGCUGGAGCAGAGGCAGCAGCAGCAACAGCAGCUGCUGCCCGCGCUCCCCCUAUGUUUGCUGCUGCUGCUGCUGCUAUUGAUGCUGCCCGAAGGACAACGCAGUUUGCCUCGCCGUUUAUGCAAGCACUUAACUUUUCUUCUCCUUUCUCGCAGCAGCUGCAGCAGCAGCUGCUGCAGCAGCAGCAGCCCUUUUGUUUGACUUGGAAGCUGGGGGGUUUACGGGAGGUUCACAUCCCCUCGUCGCCUGCAUUUGCUGCUGCUGCUGCUUUUGCUGUGCCCUCUCCAAUGGCAGCCACUGCACAGCAGCAGCACCACCACCAUCUGCUUUGGCAGCCCCAGCAGCAGCAGCAGCAGCAGCUGCAGCAAGAGAAGGAGCGUGUGACAGCCGAAGAGGAAGAAGAGGCGUCGAGACAUCCUCUCCGUUCGCAGGCCCACGACGAUCUGCAGCAGGUGCAGCAGGAGCAGCAGCACCAGCAGCAUCAGCAGCAUCAGCAGGAGCAGGAGCAGCAGCAGCAGCAGCAGGCCAUAGCAGCCCCCUUCAGCAGAGAGAGGAGGAGUGAAGAAGAGACACGAGGGCCUGAAGACAAAAGAGAAGCCGGUCAAAUAACCUGGAGAGAGGCUUGGCAUGUCUUUGGUGUUGCUGCUCUUCCUAUGGUUGGCUUCGGAUUGAUGGAUCAGCUUAUCAUGAUACGCUUAGGAGACCUGUGCAGUGACACUGCAGGCGUUUUGUUUGGCUCUACCAUCGAAUCGUGUGCAAGUAGACUAGGCUUCCCGCCCCCUAAUCUCACCGCCGCUCAAAGAGCUUCUGCAGCAUUCGGUACCCGCACCAGCAGAAAUAGAAAGAAACAGCUAAAAGAAGCUGCAGCAACAGCACCAAUAACAGCAGCAGCAACAUGGGAGAGCACCAGCAGCAACUCCAUCAACAGCAACAGUAGCAACAGAAGUAGCAGCAAUAGCAGCAAUAGCAGCAGAAGCAACAGCAGCAGCAGUAGCAGCAACAGCAGUAGCAGCACAAAGAGCAGCAGCAACAGCGGCAACAGCAGCAACAGAAGCGGCAGCAACAAUAGCACCAGCAACAGCAGCAACAGCAACAGCAAUAGCAGCAGCAUUUGGAGCUGA